AUGCACGACUUCUUAGUCCAGCACUUUUCCCAGCCAGCACCAUCAAGCUUCUCAGCAAGAACAAAGUCAGUUCAGCUAAAGCGCAGGAUCUUCCAUUUUGUACCAUCUUCUGGGGAGGGAUCUGUUGUCAGGAAUAGAGCUGGACGCAAAUUCACAGAAUUAAAAGGAAUCAGAAAACUGCAUUGCAUGAAAACCACCCCUCAGCAGGGAAAGGUGUUUGUGCGACACCGCUCAUGUUACUGCAUCAGUUGCAUUGUGAAUGAUGAGGAGAACUGCACUAACAAGGCAUGGCUUGAUGAAUGGAAGCCGCUGGAGCUAACCAGAGAGGGUGAUGUGGCAACCACUCGACAGGCAUCUGAAGCACCAAUUUUAGACCAUGAUACUGCUUCCUACAUAGCUGACCUGGCCAGCAAGGGAAGUACAGUUGCGAUAGCCGCUGAAGAUGAUCCUGUCUACGGCUUCUAUCUCCUUCAGGUCACUUCUGAUGGAGUUGAAGAACUUGACAGUAAUGUCACAGAUGACUAUCAGUGUCAUUAUUACAGAGGAGACAGAGUUCUUAAGGGGCACUUUUACAUAAGGGAGAACAUUCAUGACAUGGCCUUUACAAUUGACGAAAAACGGAAAGCGUUUGUACAUGCUGCUACUGUCCGUCACAUUUGUGGUGACCUACCAGUCAGAAAGAUAGGACGAAAGUCUAUUUACAAACUCCCUUUAAAAGAAAAUGAGGAAAUCAUUGCUUCAAUGUGA